UGAGCGUUAUAUUAGAUGUCUCGUGUGCAAAAUACUCAUUAUGCAACAGGAGUGAUAGACGUGCUGUUGAUAUUUUCUGUUGAUAGAAGAGUUCAUUUGGCCUGGUGUUGUGAAAAAGAAAGUGCUCUGAAAGUGAUUCGUGGUCUGAGUUUUGAGAAUGAAAUUAUAUUCUUUUGAGAUUGUAAAAGAAUUAUAAUAUGGUAAGAAAGUUUUUGCGAUUUAAGUGGCAAAGAGAGUACGAAGUUAACUGCACUUUGAGACCAGAAGAGCGAAAAAUUCAAGAAAAUAAAAAGUUGGAAGACGUAAAAUAUAAAGACAAUUGGACAAUGACUGUCAAUGAGAAAGAUAUACUCGAAACAGAAGCAAAUCCUAAACACUUGGAAAGAUAUAUGGACAAAAGCAAAAAGAGAAUCGCUGUCAUCGGCGCUGGUGUUUCAGGAAUGUCCUCAAUAGCUAUGCUCAAAGAAGAAGGGCUCGAACCUGUUUGCUUUGAAAAGACCGACAGGCCAGGUGGCACGUGGUUCUAUAGAGAGGAAACCAUAGAAGGUGUUGCUUCCAUUAUGCCAACGACAAUCAUCAAUCACAGCAAGGAAAUGGGAGCAUUUAGCACUUUCCCUCCUGCCAAGGAAUAUAAUAAUUACAUGAGACAUUACGAAAUGUACCAAUAUCUAAUGGAAUACUGGAGCAAAUACGAUUGCUUGAAGCAUGUCAGAGUGAACAUGGAAGUCAUUAGCGUCAAGCGAACAGAUGAUUACAAUGAAACAGGACGCUGGGCAGUAACGGCGAAGAGUUUAAUUACGAAUGAGAUAUCAACUGAAGUUUAUGAUGGCGUGGUGGUUUGUGUUGGUCACAUUAAUCGCCCGAAAAUGGCCAUUUUCCCUGGACAAGACAAGUUUAAAGGCAAGAUAAUACACAGUCACAGCUUAAAAGGUGUAGAUGAAUAUAAAAAUCAGGUGAUUGUGAUUGUAGGAACAGGAUGCUCCGCUUUGGAUGCAGCAGUAGAAACGAGUAAUGUGGCGAAACAAGUAUAUGUCAGUUCAAAAACUGGAGCUCAUAUCAUGACAAGAAUUGGACCCCAUGGGAAACCUAUGGAUUAUGUUCUUCUCAGGAGAUACUUAACAAACUAUUUGAACUUAUGGCCUCGAGACUGGUGCAGUAAGUUCCUAGAAAAGAAAUUUUUAGAUUCGAAAUUCGAUCACAAAUUAUAUAAAGUUCACCCAAAACAUAGAAUGCUUUCAAAAGAUCCCAUCAUCAACGAUCAUAUCGGAUCGAAAUUACUCUCUGGGUCCGUCGUUCAGAAGGGAGACAUCAGCCAUUUUACAGAAACCGGUGUCGUCUUCAACGGCGAGGAUGAAGAGACCAGGGCAGAUACUGUAAUCAUGGCAACCGGCUACACGUGGAAAUUUCCUUUUCUGGAUGAUGAUAUCGUCAUCCAAGAAGAAGGAAGAUUUAAACUUUACAAAUGCAUGUAUCCUCCGCAUUUGCCACACCCCACUUUGGUCCUUGUAGGUUUCGUUUUAGUUUGGGGACCUGGCAUGCCAGUUGGUGAAAUGCAAGCUCGGUGGGCUGCUAGUAUUUUUUCGGGCAGAAACAGUUUACCCUCAGUUGAAGAAAUGGAAAAAGAUAUUCAGAAAAGACAUUCAAGAAAUGCAAAAUGGUAUGCACCGAAUGAUAAAAUGACUAUUCGUGUUGAUUUCGUUCAAUACUUGGACGAAAUUGCAACACUGUUAGGUGCGAAGCCAAACUUUUGCAAAUUGUUCUUCACUGAUCCAAAACUAUUUUGGAAAUUAAUUUGGGGUCCUUCGCUUUCGUAUCAGUAUCGAUUACAGGGCCCUCACAAAUGGAAAGGCGCAAGGGAGACCAUUUUGACAAGCAAGGAAAGAUUGAUGUUCCCACUUAAAUUUCACCAAUGCCAAAAAAGAGGAGUUGAAAAGGAAAAAGGUCUGGUGAAGGCUUUCUAA